UUGUUUCGGAUUUUGCUGUGUUGAUAAAGCGUAAAGCGCUUCCUAUCCGCGCCCUUAGACGUCAACGGUCAACCAGCAGUCCCGUGCCAAAAACUGGCUGUGAUUUAUGUAUUUACCAAAAAUGUGACCGAAUACACCAGAUACCAGAGCCCACAAAUAGUAGAUACAUGAGUACGGACACAAGAAAGGAACUCGGACACGGACGACACGCUGCAAAAGGACACUUCAGGAGAAUAAAACUACCCUAAUAAAAACUAAACAAAGAAUACCCCCUCCGCUCCGCUCCGCUCCUUCAGCUGGAACAAUAGUUGUAUAAUGCUUGAUAUAGGAGGCAGCACAACAACAGGAAACAUCCUCCCAAUCAUAAAGGAGCAGGGCAGAAGACAGAGUCCUGCCAGAGAGCCCGCAUAUCGAAAGCACUGCAAACAAACGCUACCGAAAGCAACAGCAACAGCAAAGACUAGAAGCAGCAGUAGUGACAGUAGCAACAGCAGCAGAGCUCCUUCUCCUACGCAUCCUCCACCAGCAGCAGCAUAUGCAAAACUCAAUAGAGUCUAUUUAUGUACAUUAAAUCGAAUGGCACAGAGCUGUAUAUAUUUUUUAUUAGUUUUAGUAGUCCUAAGCCGAAACACUAGUAGUGCUCAUCGAUAUAGCGAAAGCGUAAGCGUAAACGAAACUCAACAACAGCAACAAAUUAAUGCCGCACGAAGAAUACUCAAUAGCAGCAGCAGCAGCAGCAGCAGCGAGAACGAGAGCAAUGCGGCGGCUGUUAAUUUGUCCACUCAAACCCAAACCACUUACCACAAGGCCAACGCCGCGAGGUUCAACACUCACCCUGACUUUGACUCUGUCUCGGACCUAGCAGAGGAGUUGCAGGUCAUACGUAAUACUCAUUUAAAUGCCAGUGAACACGAGCAGCAGCAACAGCAGCAUCUCCUCAGCGAGAACGAUGUUUUUGGCCCCUACAGUAUUCCGGAGGAGGCAAUCUACACAAAUGAGUUUGCCGUGCACAUUCCGGCUGGCAAACAUGUGGCCGAUGUCAUUGCGGACAAGUAUGGCUUCGUGAAUCGGGGUCAGAUUGGAGCACUCGACGAUUAUUAUGUCUUCCAGCAUCAUCGCGUGUCGAAGCGUUCAUUGCGUUCCAGUCACAAGCAUCAAAGUGAUCUAAGAUCGGAGAAUGAGGUAAAAUGGCUGCAGCAGCAGCAUGAGAAAGUACGACGAAAGCGCGAUGGUCCCUAUCAGGAUCUGCCCACCUACAGUCCGUAUAAUGUUUUGCGUCCCUCCAGCGACUAUGCAUCCGACGAAUCGCAUCUUUCUCCAUACUCCCCAGAGUCGCAUCUAUCCACACAUUCGCCACGCUUGGAGUAUCGUGAUGUGAGCUCACAUUCCAUAUUUCCGGAUCCCUUGUUCAAGGAGCAGUGGUAUCUGGUGAGUAAAAACGGCGGUGCCAAAGAUGGCCUGGAUAUGAAUGUGGGACCUGCCUGGCAAAAGGGUUACACCGGCAAAGGUGUUGUCGUCUCCAUACUAGACGAUGGCAUCCAAACAAAUCAUCCAGAUCUGGCCCAGAACUAUGAUCCCGAUGCAUCAUUCGAUAUCAAUGGCAAUGAUUCGGAUCCUACGCCGCAGGAUAAUGGCGACAAUAAGCAUGGAACACGCUGUGCCGGCGAAGUGGCUGCCGUGGCCUUUAAUAAUUACUGCGGCGUGGGUGUGGCCUACAAUGCGAGCAUUGGUGGAGUACGCAUGCUCGAUGGCAAAGUCAAUGAUGUGGUGGAGGCCCAGGCACUGAGUUUGAAUCCCUCGCACAUUGAUAUUUACAGUGCCUCGUGGGGUCCCGAGGACGAUGGCUCUACGGUGGAUGGCCCCGGCCCGCUGGCCCGUCGCGCCUUCAUCUAUGGCGUGACCAGCGGACGGCAAGGACGUGGCUCCAUAUUCGUUUGGGCCUCGGGCAACGGUGGCCGCUACACUGAUUCGUGCAAUUGCGAUGGCUACACCAAUUCGAUCUUCACCCUCUCCAUUUCGAGUGCCACGCAGGCGGGCUUCAAACCGUGGUACUUGGAGGAAUGCUCCUCAACGCUGGCCACCACCUACAGCUCUGGUACGCCUGGCCAUGACAAGAGUGUGGCCACCGUCGAUAUGGAUGGACGUUUGCGACCCGAUCAUAUAUGCACAGUGGAGCAUACGGGCACUUCGGCUUCGGCCCCUCUGGCAGCUGGGAUCUGUGCCCUCGCGUUGGAGGCAAAUCCGGAUCUCACUUGGCGGGAUAUGCAGUACCUGGUGGUGUAUACGUCUCGACCCUCACCCCUGGAGAAGGAGGGCGGAUGGACUCUGAAUGGCGUGAAGCGGAAAUACAGUCACAAAUUUGGCUACGGACUGAUGGAUGCCGGUGCCAUGGUCACAUUGGCAGAGCAGUGGACCUCAGUCCCGCCGCAACAUAUAUGCAAGUCGCGAGAGAAUAACGAGGAUCUGAGAAUCGAGGGCUCCUUUGGCUUUACCCUGUCCACCCAUAUGGAUGUGAACGGCUGUGCGGGAACGAUCAAUGAGGUGCGGUAUCUAGAGCAUGUCCAGUGUCGUAUUACCCUACGCUUCUUUCCGAGAGGAAACUUACGGAUUCUUUUGACAUCGCCGAUGGGCACAACGAGCACUUUGUUGUUUGAGCGACCUCGGGACAUUGUCAAGUCGAACUUUGAUGACUGGCCUUUUCUUAGCGUGCAUUAUUGGGGCGAAAAGGCCGAGGGACGUUGGACCCUCCAGGUGAUAAAUGCUGGCCGUCGAAGGGUCAACCAGCCGGGCAUACUAUCCAAGUGGCAGCUGAUCUUCUAUGGCACAUCCAAUCAGCCCAUGCGUCUCAAGUCGGAGCUGCUGAAUGGCAAUCCACAGAUGCGCAGCCCAAUUGGGGGCGCCAAUCCGUUUCUCUUUCCAUCCGCCUCGAAUAUCGGCCAGCCGGCCAAUGAGGGAGGAAACUACAAUACCGACAGCUUUGCCGGAUAUCUCAACUAUCAGAAUAUAUUCACCAGUGCCGGAUCGGAUCCAGAGCCGGCCACCGCUACGCUAGAUGGACAGAAUGUCACGGCCGCCCAGCUGAAGGAAGCGCCAGCUGGCGAUGCCAGCAAGAUUGUGCUGUACUCCUGCGAUGCCGAAUGCGACUCCCUGGGCUGCUAUGGCCGUGGACCCACACAGUGUGUGGCGUGCAGUCAUUAUCGAUUGGACAACACCUGCGUGAGCCGUUGUCCGCCUAGAUCUUUUCCAAACCAAGUGGGCAUCUGUUGGCCCUGUCACGACUCCUGUGAGACUUGCGCUGGCGCCGGACCCGACAGCUGCCUCACCUGUGCCCCAGCCCAUCUGCAUGUGAUCGAUCUGGCUGUCUGUCUGCAAGUCUGCCCAGAUGGUUAUUUUGAAAAUAGCAGAAAUCGCACCUGCGCUCCUUGCGAACCAAACUGUGCCUCCUGCCAGGACCAUCCAGAGUAUUGCACCAGCUGUGACCAUCAUCUAGUGAUGCAUGCGAAUAAAUGCUACUCGGCCUGUCCCCUGGAUACAUACGAAACGGAAGAUAACAAAUGUGCCUUUUGCCACACGACAUGCGGUACAUGCAAUGGCCCCACGGACCAGCACUGCAUCACAUGUCGAUCAGGUCGUUAUGCCUGGCAAAACCAAUGCCUUAAUAGCUGUCCGGAUGCAUUUUAUGCGGACAAGAAGCGGCUGGAGUGCAUGCCCUGCCAGGAGGGCUGCAAAACCUGCACCAGCAACGGCAUAUGCUCCGAGUGCCUUCCAAAUUGGUCGCUGAACAAGAAGGACAAAUGCAUUGUGGCCGGGAGUGAGGCCUGCAGUGAAUCCGAGUUCUUUAGUCAGAUUGAGGGUCAAUGCCGUCCUUGUCAUGCCUCCUGCGAUAGCUGUAAUGGUGCUCUCGAUACGAACUGCAUGUCGUGCCCAGCAAAUCGAUUGCUAGAGCUGAGCCGAUGCGUGAGCGGCUGUCAGGAUGGUUUCUUCAUGGAGACGGGCGUCUGUUCGCCCUGCCUGCACACCUGUAGCCAGUGCAUAUCGCGCACCAAUUGCAGCAACUGCUCCAAGGGCCUCGAACUGCAGAAUGGCGAAUGCCGCACCACCUGUGCCGAUGGCUACUAUAGUGAUCGGGGUAUCUGUGCCAAGUGCUAUCUCAGCUGUCACACAUGCAGCGGGCCACGUCGCAACCAGUGUGUCCAGUGCCCUGCCGGCUGGCAGCUGGCAGCCGGCGAAUGCCAUCCAGAGUGUCCCGAGGGCUUCUACAAGUCGGAUUUUGGCUGUCAGAAGUGCCAUCAUUAUUGCAAGACAUGCAAUGAUGCCGGUCCUUUGGCCUGCUCCUCGUGCCCGCCACACUUUAUGCUCGAUGGAGGACUGUGCAUGGAGUGCCUUAGCUCACAGUACUACGACAUAACGACAUCCACCUGCAAGAGUUGCCACGACUCGUGCCGCUCCUGCCUGGGACCUGGCCAGUAUUCGUGCAAGAACUGCGCACCGCCGCUGCAUUUGGAUCAGCUGAACAGCCAGUGUGUGCCAUGCUGUAAGCAGAAUCAAACCAACACCAACGACACCACAAUAUCAGCAGCAUGUUGCCAUUGCGACAAGGAAACGGGUGAAUGCAAAGCUACCUCUACUGGCGGCAAACGGCGUACUGUCAUUGGCAGUGGCAGCAUGUACAAAAGUGCCGGCGAUGCUGAAGCUGAUGCCCAGCUUGGCGGCCGUGAGGGCAAUGGCAAUGAGUUCGUUGUGCGACUGGACUCUCCUUUGACGGCCAUCACGGCCAUUGCAGUGGCCAUUUGUCUGCUGAUUAUCACCAUAUUUUCCAUUAUUUUUGCUGUUCUACAGCGCAACAGCAACCAUGUGUCUCGGAAUUCCGUAAGAUACAGAAAGAUAGCCAGCAAGUCCUCGGGAGGCAGUCGUCGCAAUAGCAAUGCCUCAGCUACAAAGACAAGCAACGAGGCCAGAUUUAUAUUUAAUGUGGGCGAGGACGAUGACACCGAUGAGGAGGAUGAUGCUGAUAAUACUGAGGAUGAUAUGUUAGAUGUAACGGCAGAGGUGAAGCGGAUCGUUUAUGACCCCAAAGGCACAAAACAUGGGAACGAAUUUUACAUUGAGAGUACAAAAGAUAUUGAUGCGAUUGAGUUUCAUUGCAAGGCAGGAGGCGGUGCCACCGCCCCAAAGAGAAGAAGUUGCAAUGAAUACGGGAUUGGAAAUGGAAAUAGAAAUGGAGGAAAACCUGAUGAUAUUAUAUCCAAGAACACGUACAGAGAUCCGGCAGCAGCAACAACUACUAGCUGUAGCAAUAAUAUCCUUAGCUGAUUGAUUGAUUGAUUGAACACGCAAUUGACAACGCGAUUUUCUCUUGGAUUUCUCUUGCACGG